AUGAAUGCUCUUUGUUCUACAAAACAAGCAUAUCAUUGGUUUGAAAACCAACAGACAAAAGAACUUUUAGAAGAAUUUCCUCAUAUGAUUGCUUCCCUCGGAAAACCGAGGGAAGAGAUUCCGUACGAAAAUCGCAAGAAUUUGGCUCCCGGUUUGAAAGGUUAUUAUGUUCAUAGACUUUUAGUAAACGCUGUAGCAAUGUGGACUUCUCCUCGUUAUGCUUGUUAUAUUUUCAUGAUGUUAGAUGAACUAUAUAAAGCAGAACGUGGAGAGGUGGAAAAGAAACUUCAAGCAAAAGAUGAAGUCAUUGAAUCCAAAGACAAAAGCAUACAGAAAAGAAUACCGCGUUCAGUACCAAAAGGAAAGGAAAAGAGUUAUAAGUAUAUGAUAUAUACUGAAGAGUUGGAGAAAGAAGAAGAUAAAGAUAUGGUUAUGUUACAUUUAGUCAGAAGAAACAACAAGAGCUUUUAUGACUUAGCUAAGAUAUAUAAAUCUGACAGAAACUGGUUCUAUUGUGAAAACUUACCGAUUUCAAUGACACCGAAUGAGCAAAUAAAGGAAAUUGUCAAAAAUACUCUUCCUCAAACACACUAUGACAUCAAAG